AUGUCGACUUUUCGUCCUCUCAUUUUGGAGGGAAAACACCGUCACGAGGAGGCGAUCAUCCUGGUCAGCCAUUUUCCUCCGGGUGCCAGUGAGAACAUGCCACAUCGGUUCGAAUUUUUACGUGAGGAAAUCAACGAUCGUUUUGUUCGGCUGCUGCAACGAAACGGUGACGUGCUCAUGAUCAGUCUGUUCGCUCACGAACACGUAGACACGUUUCGAGUUUUGCAAAACGAUCAAGGUGAGCGAUACGCAAUUGAUGGAAUUUUUAUUCUGUACUUUACUCACCACUCAACCUGA